AUGGCGGAUGCAGCAGAUCUCCUCCCGGGCCUCCCGGACGACAUCGCCAUCUGGGAGAUCCUCAUCCGGCUGCCCCCCAAACCCCUCCUCCGCUGCCGCGCCGUCAGCCCGGCGUGGCGCCGCGCCACCUCCAGCCGCGAUUUCCUCCUCUCCCACCACGCCCGCCAGCCCGCCCUCCACCUCCUCGAGAGCCACAGCGACGACGACGACGGCGACGCCCCCUUGUCCCUGAAAAUCGUCACCUUCGACCACCGUGCCGCCGCCGCCGGCGGCCGGUUACAGCCCGUCGCGCGACUCAAAAUGCCUCCCUCCGACGCGCACCCAUCCGCCACUCCCCGCAUGUAUCUGGCGGCCUCCCGCGACGGCCUCCUCCUCCUCCUCUACCACUUUCACUCCGAGUCGUUCGACCUCUGCAUCUGCAACCCGGCAACUCGGCAGUAUGCUCCCCUCCACCAGCUCAAGGGAUUCAUUCCUAUGGGGAUGUACCCUCACCCCUCCUCUACAGGCGGCGACUACCGCCUCUUGCUGUGCCUACCGGCUGAAGAUGCCGCCUUCGUUUUCACAUUAGGCUCUGCCCACCCGCCGAGGCACAUAGGUUGCCUCCCUGAUCCGCUCUUACUCGAAGAUGCCGACGGGCUCCUAUUCCAAGGUAGCAUAUACUGGUACACUGACGUUGCAAUACUGGUAUUCGACACCACCAAUGAGUCCUUCAGGCGUAUCCGUGCCCCGGUUGGCGCCCCGCCUGCUAGUCACGACGCUCGGGUGUUUAUCAUGGGUGACAUGCUUGCCCUCUUCGGUCCUAAUGAUCAAGGCACAGCCAUUGAUACAUGGGUGAUGCCGAACCGCCAAGAAGAGGUCUGGGAUUUCAAGUGUCGGGUUAAAUUGCCCGUUGCGGAGACUAGGCAGCAGUGUCGGUGUUCCGAGCAUGAACAGGUUGUCAUGGUUGUGCCUGGAGACGACGGUGGGUUGCUCAUUCUCAUCAGUUGUGACCCGUGGCUGUUUCAGGUUGAUACCGAUGGCAACUUGAUUGCCAGUUUCCAUCCCAGAGGCAUCACUGCUACUCAUUCUGUGCUCAAGAAAACUCUUGUUCAACAUACCUUCUUUCCGACACUAGAGGGUUAUGUUGUCAACGCUCCACCUUUCAUCUGA